AUGAGCUGGCUGUACCCUUUCUCCAGUACCUCCCACCGCCGCCGUCGCUCCAAAGACCGACACUCCACCGUCAGCUCAAACCACCACCACCACUCGCGUCAUUCCACCAGCGCGCCCUCCAUUUUCAGCCUGGGGAGCUACGCCAAUCGCUCCUCGGCCUCCUCCGUCUAUUCCGCCGGCGGCUCUUCCUCACGCCGAGCAAAGCCGCGCUCGGGGUUUGUGGCACGCAUUGUGCAUAAGAUCAAACGCCUGUUCAGACAUAUAGUCCAUUAUGCGAAGCGGCAUCCAGUGAAGGUUUUCCUGAUGGUGAUCAUGCCGCUGAUCACGGGAGGGGUGCUGCAGAAGCUGCUGAGCGCCGUGGGAGUUCGUCUUCCCAAGAGUUUGAUGGGUGGGAGAUCGAGGGGAGGUAGUAUUGGCGGGUUCGAUAGCGGUGGGAAUGGCAUCGGUGAGAGUGUCAAGGGAUUGGUCUCUGUUGCGAAGAUGUUCUUGUGAUCAUUUCUAUGUUUGCGCUUGUUUCUUUUUCACUUUUGUUUGGCUUCCGGUUUCUUCUGUUAGAGUUGGAGGAACGGGGAGGGACUUGUUUUUUUCUGUUCGGGUUUUCCGUUUUUGGAGGAUGUGGAUCAUGCGGGAAAUUUUUAAUGAUACGGUCGAACGAAUGGCGAGAUACCCCGACUCGAUACGCCGCGGCCUGGGACGAAUUGAUGAACUUUUUUGCGAAUUGACCGCGAGAUGAAUUUCGCGAGUAACGAUAGAAAAGAUGGACGAAAACAUGCUUUCAUAGUU